GGGUAGAGGAUUGAGUCAGGAUAGGCAACGGUGCGAGUAAACGGUGAGUAAGGUUCCGUCGCUCUACGGGGUAGAGGAUUGAGUCAGGAUAGGCAACGGUGCGUCUAAACGGUGAGUAAGGUUCCGUCGCUCUACGGGGUAGAGGAUUGAGUCAGGAUAGGCAACGGUGCGUGUAAUAAUUUUGGUUUCGCAAGCAAGCGUAUAUAUGCUAUGGUAGCUGCUUACCAUCAGGCGGACCAUACGCUUGUAUGCAACCCCUUUAUCAUAAAAAAAAACCUUAUUCGAUUGCAAAUCUACAGAAGCUACAUACAUUUCGUACAUUUUAAAUCUUAUUAUUUUACUUUUCUAUGAAAGUCUAUGUUAGAGUUUAAGUCCUUCUUGAAUGGUUUUUGAUUUACAGCUGGACUCGGUGAUGGUGCUGCAGUUGGGCCAUUAUUCCCAGUCGCCCCCGCGGGGAUUUGCACUGGAGGCAAAUAUUAAUAAACUCAUUGCCCCCUCUUCAAUAUUUUUAUUAACAUUUGCCUCCGAUGGCAAUCCCCGUGGGGGCGAAUGGGAAUAAAGGCAGACAGGCAGGACAUCCUCAGUCUAGCCCGCCAGUUAUUACAUUUUUCUUUAAUUUAACUUGGGAUUGCAUAUCUUAAGAACUUAAAUCAUACUAUUGUGCCAAAUACCUUACCAUAAUAGAAUGUUUUUAUAAGAAAAAAUAAGCAUUAGUUAGUCCGUCAAAGACUGAGAAAUAGAAAAUUCGGAAUUGUUACAUAGUUGAGUAUUUACCUAAUAUCCGGGUACGAAAACAAAAAAAGAAUAAUAAAUAUUGUCUAAGUAUGUUUUUUAGCAAUACAGAUAAACUUGUACAAAGUGUACACUGUGACCCCACUGUGGCUUUACGAUUAGAUAAUGUUCCAGAGAGCGAGAAGCGAGAUGUCAUCUCAUAUAGGUGUUAGUACAAACGUACUGGGAAAUAAUAACUCAAUGUUAUUUAUUUUGGUAGGCACUUGAAAUUAUGGUAUAAGUCGCGGCAUGAAACAGGUGGGCGGAAAGCUUCAAGAAAACUGUUAUUCUAAUUUUUGAAUAAGAUUUCGGGUCAACACGUCGUCAGUCAUUAUUCUCGAUUAAGUCAGAUUCCUUGGAUUAUUACCAGCGGGGAAGACUUUUAAGAUUUGUUUAAAUAAAUGAUGUGCCUUUUUCUUUUAUAGAUGUAAGGACUACUUGAUGUUCAUUUCAGAUAGUAGUACCAAAAUGAUGGUGCACCAAGCACUGUUGUGUGUGUGUGUCACCCACGCGGGUGAGUGAUGUGUGUGUGUGUGUGUAUGUGUGUGAAAAUUACAUAAAGUAAUAAAGUACAUUAGUUCAUGUAUUAGUCAGUAGUUACAUGAUUCCGAGUGAUUUCAUGAAAUAAAGCUAGGAGGGAAAUCACAACUAACUAAGUUUCUUGUCAGAUUUUUUAAUGUAAGGUUUUCCGCUGUGGGCUUUAAUGUUUAGAAGAAUAUUUAUAGGCAAUAUAAUUUAUUGCCUUUAUAGGCAAAGGCUCAGAUUUAAUUAAGGAGUUUCGACUUCCAUUUAAAAGAUUUCAGAAAAAGAAGAGCAAAAUUAAGACAAAUAAAAAACCAUACAAAAAAUAUCUUUAUUGUUUACAUAUUUGCUAAUUACCCCAAGCUGAUUUACUGGAAUAUUUUUAUUAGGUACAUUUAGCAUGUUGUUGACAUUCAAAGAUAAGAAUUAAUAUUAAUAAACAUUACUAAGAAAUAUUCGUAAAAAACAAACGCUUUUAGUUAAAUGCCCAACUAAGAAAACUAUAUAUCGUUCACCUAAGUUACAGAUAAACAAAUAUACUUAUGAAAAUCUAAAGAAAUUUUAUGUACAUGAGUAUAACCAUAAUACCAUCUUUUUUAAGUUUCUACAAUAUGGUAUAAUCAUGCUAUGCAAUAAAUCUUUGACUUUGUCCUGUCUGCCUUGGCGCUUCCAUGAACACUAAAAAAUACUAGAAGAUAUUGGACAUGGCCAAAGGCCAUUGGACACUGCCAUUAGGUAUCAGUCGUAUAGCAGUUCGUACAUCUGCCCAAAUAGCGGAAAGUACUGGUUUGAUCUGAACCACUAGAUAUUUUACUAAAAAUGCCUAAAAUGUUAAUAUUCAUAUUCGUUUCUUAGGGUUUCAAUAUUUUCACACAUGAAAUAAAACAAGUUUCAACGGUAUAGAUCCACUGAAUUAUUUAUUUAUGGCGAUUCACAUCCUUUUCAGGCAUUAUUCUGACGACGCAGCCUGAGAAGCAUGCGAAACGUCGUAAAUAAAAAAAUCAUUGCAUCUAUACCGUUGAAACUUGUUUAAUCUUAAUAUUUCUUAUAUUAAAGCUAACAAAGCUGAUAAAAUGAAAACAAUAUACAUCCAUCUUUGUUUACCGCGUUACCUACACACAAACAAUGUUAAUAUUGCUCAUCUAAAAAUACGCGUAUAAUGUAUUGGCUAUUUAAAAACAUAACUUGAGUCUUUAAGUCAUUUCGAUUUCUUAUUCUAGUGGUCGAGGUUCUUUGAGCAGUUGAAACUCUCGCGUGUAAUGUUUUGUGUUUUGUAAAUAGAUAAACUUAUCAUUUGAGUCAAUUAAAUAUCAUUAUUGUUCUUCUUUUUCCGAAUAAAUAUAAUUAUUACUUGUGUACCUAAUACCUAUAGUUACAUAAAAAAUAUGUCGAAUGAAGAUACAACAACGGUACCAGAGAUUUUACCGUGUUAUGAAGACCUCAAUGAAGAGCUUCAAAUGACCCAGCAACGAUCUUUAGCUCCAAACGACAACAUACCUUCUUCAAUAAAUGGCCAAGUGCUAUCAUUCAUUGAAUCAAAAAUAGAAAUUGAACUACAAAUAGCUGAUUUACGAUGGCAGCAGUUGAUGUUAGACAGACAACAUGCAGAAGAGGUUUUCAAAGCCAAGGAAAUUGCUUUAGAUGCAGAGAUCAGAUUAGCUGUGACGAAGCUAAAUGCAAGUCCACCUUCAUCAACUUUGUGCUUUGAAAACAAUAGAAAAAUGUUUUAUAAUGCAGCUGAAGAGAGAGCGAAUAAUCUGUUCGAGAAUGCGAGUGCUCCACCUGCUAAUGAAUCUGCUCCCGUCUCGUCCACGAUGUCUAUGCAAAAUAUGGCAUUACAGCCUCUUGUUAGUUCAGAUCCUGAUUUUUCAGGUCUCUCGCAGCUAUCAUCGUUGAACAAGGUUACUAUACACCCUGUGACUGCUCCUAGUUUGAAUGAGACCUAUAAGAUAUUAGACCCUGACGGAAGUGAGAUAUACCGUGUUGAAGUGUGCGUCGGGCAUGAUUUGAAAAGAGCAUUGCAGGGUAAAAUAAUCAACAAAGAACUUAAAGAGGUGGCAAACUUCCAUACAACCGAAAGUCGUACUAUGGAAUUGUUGGUUGGCAACAAGAAAGUAUUCGUGGUUAAACGACAGCCGGUUUUGUUUAAGCCAGUGUUGACAAUAAGUACUACGUACGGCAAAGUUAUUAUGAAAAUCAAAGGGCAGGGCUACGGUUCUAAUAAAUCAAUGUACACAGUCGAGACCGCCACUAAGGAGAAUAUCGGCUGCAUCAUCAAGAAUCUUAACACCAAUUCUCAACCCAGUAACGGAAGCUUUGACUAUCUGAACAGUGUAAUAAACUUCCAUCGUGAUCUAAAGGUUGUACUCAAGGCGGCUAUCGUUGCCUGCAGCUUUCUCAUUGUAAGCACCAAUCAUGCAGCGAUCCGCGGAAAAUUGCUGAAAGAGGAUCGAUCAGGUGGACGGAACGAAUAGGUCGUUAACGAUUAAUAUGCAUCGCUGAGACAUCGAACCCUUUUCUAGGAUGAAUUAGAGACUCCGAUGGAAGAUUUAGGAAGUAUGCGUUAGUUCUCUGUAUUUUGGUUCGUGUAUAAUUUAUUUUUGAUGGCAUUUUGUAACCUUGUGCUGUUAUAUUUCUAUUAAAUGUAGGUAACACAAACAAUUUGAUUAUGAGAGCGACUAUGGAAAAUGUUAUUCAACUGAACAGCUUGCCCUAUUUUAAAAAUAAGAGGGUUUUUUUUCUUAUAUUUUCCACUGCAUGUUAAAUACAUAUUUCAGUUAAUGAACUUGGAUUAUGCAUAGUUAAUAAGUAAAUGUUCUGAUAGUUCAUUAAUUUACAAUUCUACAAAUGUAAAUUUGUAAGAAAGGUAGGAAUUUAUUCACUAACAGAAACAAAAUCAACCACCAAAAUGAAUAGUCAAGUCACAGGACUCUAUUGACCAGGUGGUUAGCGUAUUCGGCCUUGGAUCGUGAAAGUUAACUAGCAACUUUCGCAAUGGUCGGUCAUUGGAUGGGGACCAAAAACUUAUUAUCUCGAGCUCCUCCGUGCUUCGAAAGGCAUAUUAAGCCGUGGGUCCCGGCUAUACCUGCAGUUGUUAGCACCCACCAAUCCUCACUGGGCCCCGUCGAUUAUUCCAUCCCCUUGGAGAUUCGGCCUUGGAUCGUGAAAGUUAAGCUAGCAACUUUCGCAAUGGUCGGUCAUUGGAUGGGGACCAAAAACUUAUUAUCUCAAGCUCCUCCGUGCUUCGAAAGGCAUAUUAAGCCGUGGGUCCCGGCUAUACCUGCAGUUGUUAGCACCCACCAAUCCUCACUGGGCCCGCGUGGUGGGUCAGGCCCCAGUCUCCCUAUUCCAUCCAUAGAGAAGGCCUGUACCCCUGCAGUGGGGUCGUUAAAAGGCUAGUGAUGAUGAUGAAUUCACUGUUUUGUAAGGUGGAAGUAACUUCUUUAAUCCUAUUAGCAACUUAUAGUUUAUUUGGAACUUUUGAAAUAUAUGAAAAAAAAAAUUAGUAUAGGAAAAGGACACGAGAUACGAGAACUCUGAUUUUUUUGUAAUGUUGUGUCGUCGUAUGAGAAGGUUUACUUUUUGUGAUUAUUAAGGUUAGGUUACAUUGUAUAACAAUAAAUAAUUAUGUUUUAC